AUGGCGUACGUGGUGCCUAUUCACCAUGCAAGCAGCAUCCGCCAUGCCAUAAAACUCCAGUUCUUGGAGCCAGAAAAAGACUGUUUAGUUGUUGCGAAAUCCAACCGCCUCGAAUUCUACUCCCAAACCCCCGAUGGCUUCUCUCUCGAAUACUCAAAGGCCAUAUACGGCAAAGUGACUAUGCUUGCAAAGCUCUCACGGCCUCCGCUACCUUCGAAACCACCCCCGCAACCACAGUCCCUGGAUCACCAGCUACCCCUACAACCGGCCCCCUUCCGUCCCCAAACCGAUAUCCUCUUCAUAGGCACGGACAGGGCCUCCUAUUUCACCGUCUCCUGGGACCAGAAGACAAAAAAUCUCCGCACAGAGCGUAAAUACGUUGACCUCGCCGACCCCUCGGCCCGCGCGUCCCAACUGGGCGACCGCUGCCUCAUCGAUCCCUCCGGUAGAUUUCUCACACUAGAGUUAUACGAAGGCAUCGUCACAGUUAUACCCAUCGGUCAGCCACUGCGAUCACGAGGGUCUGGGCGGAGGUUGGGGAAACGCGCUGCUAACGCCAGUGCAAGCGCCGCAUACGCAAAUCAGGAUGCAGCAGCAGGGGCUGCGGCGGCGGACCUAGAGCUAGGCGAGCCGUGUCAGGCGCGCGUUGAGGAAUUGUUGGUGCGGUCCUCGACGUUUUUACAUACGCAGGCUGAUACGCUACCGAGGAUGGCGCUUUUAUAUGAAGAUACGAUGGGGAAGGUGCGGUUGAAGGUUAGGGAGCUGGAGGUUAUGCAUGGGGGAAUGGGGAUGGGGGGUGGGACGGGCAGUGGGGGCGGGAUUGGGGCCGAUGGGGGAAUUGUGGCAGUGUUGAAGGGGUUGGAUUUGUUGAAGGAGGAGUUGGAAAUGGGGGCUAGCUUUUUGGUGCCGGUGCCGGCGCCCUUGGGAGGCCUCCUCGUCCUUGGCGAAACCUCAAUCCGAUAUCUGGACGACGCAAGUAACGAAUGUAUCUCACAACCACUCAAAGAAGCCACCAUCUUCGUUGCCUGGGAGCAGGUCGAUGGUCAGCGAUGGUUGCUGGCAGACGACUAUGGCCGGCUAUUCUUCCUCAUGCUUGUUCUAGACACCGACAACGCCGUGCAGAGCUGGAAGCUCGAUCUUCUGGGUGAUAUCCCGCGUGCGUCUGUCUUAGUUUACAUGGGUGGUGGAAUCACGUUUAUUGGCUCCCAUCAGGGGGAUUCUGAACUUAUCCGCAUCACUGAGGGAUCGUUUGAGGUCAUACAGACUUUCGCGAAUAUUGCCCCGAUACUUGAUUUUACCAUUAUGGAUCUAGGCGGGAGGGCCAUAGGAGAGAGUCAAACACAUGAAUUUUCGUCGGGCCAGGCACGGAUUGUUACGGGUUCCGGUGCAUUUAAUGAUGGAAGUCUGAGAAGCGUGAGAAGCGGCGUUGGAAUGGAGGAGGUGGGCGUGUUAGGGGCUAUGAAACAUAUUACGGACCUCUGGGCGUUGCGGGUAGCUUGUCCCCAAGAAUUUUCAGAUACCUUGUUGGUUUCAUUUGUGGAUGAGACGCGGGUAUUCUAUUUCACGCCGGAUGGGGAAGUAGAGGAGAAAGAGGAGUUUAUGGGGCUGGGACUUGCGGAAAGUACGCUGCUCGCGGCGAAUCUGCCACAUGGCCGGAUUUUACAAGUCACGGAAUGGAAUGUCCGCGUUGCGGAGCUAGAUGGUGGAAUGGUGAUUUGGGAGUGGUCGCCGGAACAGACGAAAGCGAUCACGGCAGCUUCGUCGAAUGACGAUCAUCUCGUGUUGAUGGUUGGAGGCCAGGUUCUUAUGAUUUUCGAUAUUAGUGGCGAUAUCAACAUUACUGGGGAGAAGGAUUUUGGCGUCGAUACCCAGGUUUCUGGUGUUACCGUCACGACGUCCCCGGCCCGCGCCUGUAUUCUUUGCCUUCCACAGACGGCUGAAGUUGUCGUCAUGAGCCUACCAGACCUUGCCAUCCGCCGUAGUACAUCGCUAGGAGAACCUGGAGAUGCAGUUCCACGCUCUGUGCUGGUCGCAGAGGUGCUCCCCAAUAAUCCUGCAACUCUGUUUGUCUCCAUGGCCGACGGAAGCGUAUUUUCCUUCUCGUUCAAUUCGGAAGAUUUCUCCCUGACAAGCAUGAGCAAAUUGACUUUAGGCUCUGAGCAGCCUUCAUUUAAGAAACUCCCCCGAGGAGACGGUUUGUAUAACGUCUUCGCUACCUGCGAGCAGCCAAGCCUAAUAUACGCGGUAGAGGGCCGUAUCGUCUAUUCCGCCGUCAACUCUGAUCAGGCCUCGCGCAUCUGCCACUUCAACUCUGAAGCAUACCCGGGAUCCAUUGCGCUAGCCACCCCGUCAGAAUUGAAAAUCACCCUCGUGGAUGCUGAACGGACCACGCAGAUCCAGACACUAGAGGUUGGCGAGACAGUGCGAAGGGUCGCGUAUUCAGCACCUGAAAGGGCGUUUGGAAUAGGCACUAUUAAACGGACGCUUGAAGAUGGGGCGGAGGUCAUUGCGAGUCGGUUCAUGUUGGCUGAUGAGAUCAUGUUUCGCGAAUUAGAUAUUUAUGAUCUGAAUAAGGAUGAGCUUGUGGAGAGCGUCAUUCGCGCGCAGUUCCCGGAUGGAAUCGACAGUGAAGGCAAUGACUUAUUUAAGGACUUGUUUGUCGUGGGCACGUCGUAUCUUGAUGAUUUUGGUGAGGGCUCAAUACGCGGGAGGAUAUUAGCAUUCGAAGUGACGGCCAACAGGCAACUGGCGAAGGUAGCGGAGAUGCCUGUUAAGGGAGCGUGUAGGGCGCUGGCUAUUGUGCAGGAUAAAAUAGUUGCUGCUCUGAUGAAAACGGUUGUUGUCUACACGCUCUCCAAAGGCCAAUUCGCCGACUAUACUCUCUCCAAAACCGCCAGCUACCGCACCUCCACUGCUCCUGUCGACAUCGCUGUGACAGGCAACUUGAUCGCCGUCGCCGAUCUCAUGAAAAGCGUUUCCAUCGUCGAAUAUCAACAAGGCGCCAACGGCCUGCCCGACAGCCUGACAGAAGUCGCCCGCCAUUUCCAAACCCUCUGGAGCACUGCUGUCGCCCCUGUGGCCGAAGAUACGUGGCUUGAAAGCGACGCUGAGGGAAAUCUUGUCAUGCUUCAUCGGAAUGUCAAUGGGGUGACGGACGAUGAUAGACGAAGGUUAGAGGUUACGAGCGAGAUUUCACUUGGGGAGAUGGUAAAUCGGAUACGGCCGGUGAAUAUUCAGGGAUCACAGGGGGCGGAGGCGGCAAUUUCGCCGAGAGCGUUCUUAGGGACGGUCGAAGGCUCCAUCUACCUCUUCGGGAUCAUUAACCCUACCUACCAAGAUUUGCUCAUGCGCUUGCAAUCCGCAAUGGCUGGUAUGGUUGUGACACCUGGCGGGAUGCCAUUCAACAAGUUCCGCGCCUUCAGGAAUACCAUACGUCAGGCGGAGGAGCCGUAUCGGUUCGUUGACGGAGAGCUCAUUGAGCGGUUUUUGGGCUGUAGUGUGGAAUUACAAGAGGAAAUCGUCGGGAAGGUCAUUGCGGAUGGGGUUGCGGGGGUCACUGUUGAGAGUGCUAAGGGGCUUGUGGAAGAACUGAGAAGAAUGCAUUAGGACGAAUGCACUUCGCUUGUCGCGUGUUGUGGAUACGGAUCGUAGUGUAUCGACUUACUAGCGAUAUAACACUCUG